AUGCUGUUUGCUCGUCUUGCCAUUGGCUUCUUCAUACUGGAGCUGGGACACGCCAGGAACCACUAUGAGAUCGUUCUGAACAGUUUGAAGUGCCGCGCCGUGAAGGAGUCGGCGGUCAAUGAGAUGGCCUGCGUCCUGCAUCGCAAGCGAACACCCAUAAUAGCGGCGCGCCUAAACCUGAGCGAAACCUUCCAGAACUUCGAGAUACAAUCGACGUUCGACCUGUUCAAGAAGGACAACACCCGCAUGAACGUGGCCAGCCUCAAGAUGGACGGCUGCAAGUACUUGGGCGCCAUGUACGAGAACAAUAUCCUGGGCAAGCUCUUCAGGCGCUUCAAGACGUUCACCAAUCUCCCCUCGGGAUGUCCAAUGCUCAAGGGAAAACUGUACGAGAUACGCAACUAUACAUUCCGAUCGGACGAGUUCCCGCCCAGCGCGCCACAGGCCAAGUGGCAAGUGCGGACGCGGCUGCUGAGGCGAGCGGAGGUGUAUGCGGAUAUAUUAUUGGAGGGCGAGCUGGUCUAUAAUACGUGA